AUGCCACCUAAACGAAAUCAGAAAAGCCAACUUUCUCUUUCCAAGACAUUUGAGCAAGUUGAUGAUGAAAUAGAGGAUGAGAUUUUUGAGACGUACUCGGAACUACUAGGUGAUGACGUGGAUCACCAGGAUGUCAUUUUAAGUCAACUACCACAAAUACUUAGUAAUUUGAGAAUCCCGAAGUGCUUUACUAAAGAUAUUGAACAGUGUGUUGAUUAUUACUAUGACUUUAUCAAAGACAAAGAUGUACAUCUAGAUCUGUUGAAUACGCGUCAGCAAAACACUUUAGCGAUGAUAAAUUCAUAUACUGUGACCUCCGGAAUUAAACAAUUGGAUGAGAUAAUCGACAUAAUAGACGUAGAAAAAUUACUAUAUAACCUCAAUAGGUUGGUCAAGUUUCGAAAUAAUUAUCUGCAUAUUAGCAAAAGCUGGCAACUAUUUGUUAACAGUGCUACUGGCUCAUCUGCUUCCGAAAUAUUCAAGUUGACAUUGCCAGAUUUGAAAAAAAUUAAAACAAACUUGAAUUUAGAUUCUGAUCCAUCCACCAAAGCCCCUUUGAGUGAUACUUUUUUGAUUGAUAUGUUAGGGUGUUGUUCACAUGAUUCAAAGGGGAACUUAUUAAAUUUUGAUUUCGAGAAAAAAGGCGCAUGUGUAACCGUAAAAGACUUUGCUGAAAUAUUAGGACAAAUUGGGGAGUUAGAAUAA